AUGACAAAGAUAAAUACGUUGGAGAUGUCGUUGUUUGAUGGAUUGAAGGUAGCCGACGAAGUUGAUAAAAGCACUGACGACGUCUAUAGGAAUUUAGGGUCUCAGAUCGGUGGGAACUUCAUUAGUGAGAAAAUGGCGGAGAUAAGGGAAGGGAGGUCUUUAGAGGAAACUCCAACAUGGUCUGUUGCUACAGUCACUACUGUAAUGGUUUUUGUAUGUUUAUCUGUUGAAAGAUCCAUUUACAGAUUUGGAAAGUGGUUGAAGAAGACAAAAAGGAAAGCUCUUUAUGCUUCUCUGGAGAAGAUUAAGGAAGAGUUGAUGCUGCUUGGGCUUAUUUCAUUGUUACUGGGGCAAUGGACAAGGUGGAUUUCUCAAAUUUGUGUGAAUUCCUCCCUUUUUAACAGUAGAUUCUUCAUUUGUUCUGAAGAUGACUAUGGUGUGAUGAAGAGAAUGUUGUCCACUGAAGGUUCUAACUUUUCAAAUAAAACCGAUAUUCCUCCAAAAGGAAUUAACUAUGCAGCAUCUCAUGCAUGCGGUGAGGGGCGUGAACCUUUUGUUUCUGCUGAAGGUCUUGAACAACUUCACCGCUUCUUGUUUGUUCUUGGAUGUACUCAUGUUCUGUAUAGUUGUUUAACCGUAGCAUUAUCUAUGAGCAAGAUAUACAGCUGGAGAAAGUGGGAAACUCAAGUAAUGUUUGUGGGUGAUGGGAAUGCCCAAGCAAAGAACAGAGUGAUGAGGCGGCAAUCAACCUUUGCUUUGCAUCAUGCAUCACAUCCGUGGAGUAGGAACCGUGUUCUCAUCUGGAUGUGCGGAAGUCAGAUUAUUUGGCAUUGCGAUUGGGUUUCAUCACUGUGGGUAUUCAUCUUUGAAACUGUAUAUUCUGUUAUUGCUAUACAACUAAGUAUUGGGAAACAAAUCCACAAUGGAACUGCAAUUCCAAAUGAAAUGGUUCCAUGGAAAUUGCAGAAUCACAAGUUGCCACUGUCCUAUAAUUUUCAUAAAUAUAUGGUGCGCAGUAUGGAAGACGAAUUCUAUGGAAUUGUCGGGAUCAGCUGGCCGCUUUGGGGUUAUGCCAUACUAUGCAUCUUCAUAAACAUUCAUGGUCUUAAUAUUUACUUUUGGCUGUCAUUUAUACCCGCCAUUCUUGUCAUGUUGGUGGGGACGAAGCUCCAGCAUGUUGUCUCCUUGUUAGCACUUGAAAUUGUUGAACCACAGGGGCCUUCUAUCGGAGCUCAAGUAAAGCCACGUGAUGAUCUAUUUUGGUUCGGGAAACCUGAAAUAUUAUUGCGAUUGAUUCAAUUCAUAUCAUUUCAGAAUGCUUUUGAGAUGGCAACAUUUAUCUGGUCCUGGUGGGGAUUCAAGCAUCGCUCAUGUUUGAUGGAAAAUCAUGCAAUGAUCAUCGUUCGGCUGAUUUGUGGGGUUCUUGUUCAAUUUUGGUGUAGCUAUGGCACUGUCCCUCUUAAUGUAAUCAUCACGCAGAUGGGAUCACGCUGUAAUAAAGCCUUGAUUGCGGAAAGUGUUCGAGAGUCGCUACACAGUUGGUGUAAGAGAGUAAAGGAAAGGUCCAAAACUACUAAUUCAAUUACUACAAGGUCCACAUGUUCUCUUGAAUCAACAAUAGAUGAGGGGGACGAGACCAUUACAGUUGCAUCUGGUACUUUAUCUCCAUGUUCCUCCUCAAACUCAUUGACCAACCUUGAAACGAACGAGUUACCAAAUGGACAUCAAGAAUGCGUUGUUGAAGAUUCAAUUCCAAUUGAACAUGAAUUUUCCUUCAGAGAUAUGCAGUGUUCGUCUGAACACCCGGCCAAUGUUGAAGAUGACGAAGUGAAUGGCGUAGACGAGGACAAGACUGAGACACUUCUUGAGUUGUUUCAGAAGACAUGA